AUGGCACCCCGCAGCAUCUCCAAACAUCGCUUGCACACCGAUCAGCAUCAUGCUCCCGUCACAUCCGUCCUGGCAGACGGAGAUGUCCCGUAUGCGGACCAUGAGAUGGAUGAGGAUGAGCGGGUGAUUGUGGCGCUGGGUUACAAGCAAGAGUUUAAGCGUGAAUUCUCUCUGUGGACUACAUUUUGUGUCAGCUUCGCCGUGCUCGGCCUGCUCCCGUCCUUUGCGAGUACGCUCUACUAUGGUAUGGGCUACGCCGGUACCGCGGGUAUGGUCUGGGGAUGGAUCAUUGCCAUGAUUUUCAUCCAAUGUAUUGCAAUGUCCAUGGCUGAGCUGUGUUCCGCCAUGCCAACGAGUGGAGGUCUCUACUACGCUGCGGCAGUCCUCGCACCCCCCGGAUACGGUCCUCUUGCCGCUUGGAUAACUGGGUGGUCCAACUGGAUCGGACAGAUCACCGCAGCACCGUCGGUGGACUAUGCCUUGUCUGCGAUGAUCCUGGCGGCCGUGUCCAUCACAAAUCCGGACUAUGUGCCGACCAACUGGCACACCUUCUUGCUGACCACGCUGAUGAUGAUUAUGCAUGCCGCGAUCAGCAGUAUGCCUACCAAGCGAGUUGCGCAAUUCAACUCGUACGGGUCGACGUUUAACAUCAUUGCCUUGAUCGUCACGCUGAUUGUCAUCCCCGCCGUCGCCAAGAAUGAACCCCGAUUCAACUCCUCCAAGGACGUCUGGGGCACCAUCUCCAAUCAAACCGACUUCCCUGAUGGGGUUGCAGUGCUCAUGACCUUUGUCGGGGUCAUCUGGACCAUGUCCGGCUACGACUCCCCCUUCCACCUCAGUGAGGAGUGUUCCAAUGCCAACAUUGCAUCACCGCGCGCCAUCGUCUUAACCUCCGGCGUCGGCGGCCUGAUGGGCUGGUUCCUCCAGCUGGUGGUCGCCUACACGGUUGUGGACAUUGACGCCGUCAUCGGCUCGGAACUCGGCCAGCCCUGGGCGUCCUAUCUGCUGCAGGUGCUUCCGCAGAGAGCCGCCCUGGGCAUUCUCGGAUUGACCAUUAUCUGCGGAUUCUCCAUGGGUCAGGGCUGUAUGGUCGCCGCGUCGCGGGUGACCUACGCCUAUGCCCGAGAUGACUGCUUCCCGCUGUCUCGGAUCUGGAAGAAAGUCAACGUUCACACGCAGACUCCCGUCAAUGCGGUGAUUCUCAACGCUAUCCUGGGGAUCCUGAUGUGUCUGUUGAUUUUGGCCGGAAGUGUAGCUAUCGGGGCGUUGUUCUCCAUCGGCGCGAUUGCGCAGUUUGUGGCUUUUGCCAUUCCCAUCUUCAUCCGGGUCUUCUUUGUGGGCCAUCGCUUCCGCAAGGGACCAUGGCAUCUGGGACCGUUUGGUCCGUAUGUGGGUGCCGUGGGUGUCACCUUUGUGGCGCUGAUGGUGCCAAUCUUGUGUUUGCCUAGUGUGAUCAAGGGCAAUUUGACACCGGACGUCAUGAAUUGGACGUGUCUGGUGUACGGGGCACCGAUGCUGGCGGUGUGGGUGUGGUGGUGGGUGGACGCGCGGAAGUGGUUCAAAGGUCCCAAGGUCAAUGUUGAGCAUUCGAUUCAUCCGUUUGUCAGUGAGGGUAUAGAGCCGGAGGAUCUGGCUCCAGCGGUCGAGGUGGCGUCUCCUCCGGCCAAGCUUGCCGAUGAUAAGCUGUAA